UGCAGUCGAACAGUCGUCUCGCUCAAUCGAUGACUAUAUACCGUCGUUACGAGCUUAGAAUAUGACUACAUAAACCGUUCAACCAUUUUUUUUAUUAUAGAUAUCUAUGUAAUAUUGUGCACAAAAAUUAAAAAAAAUUAAAAUUAAUAUAAGAUGCUUUUCACAAAAAUAUUCCUACAAAUCAUUAGUGUUUUUUUUUAUACGCAAAUGCGGCUUCAAAGUUCUGCCUAUGAUCAUAACAACUCGACGGAGAAAAUGGAAGUGGUCAUCGAACAAGGUGUUCUAAAAGGAGUUCAAAACAAAACGCUAUUGUCAAACAAACCUUACGUCAGUUUUCUCGGCAUACCCUACGCUAAACCACCCGUUAACGACUUAAGAUUCAAGCCUCCCGUCAAACAUCCCGGAUGGUCAGGCAUUUUAAAAGCUAUUUCGGAAAUGGACAGAUGCAUGCAAUACGCAUUCGGUACGAAUGACAUCAUUGGAAGCGAAGAUUGUUUGUACUUGAACGUAUUAGUGCCACAGGUCGUAAAGACUCAGAAUGGACUGAAUGAAAAACUUGCUGUUAUGAUAUUCAUACACGGAGGCGCCUUCAACUAUGGCUGUGGGUCAGUAAAUGAACAAUCCCCCGAUUACUUGCUCGACGAAAACGUGAUUGUCAUCACGUUGAAUUAUCGUUUGAACGCCCUAGGAUUUUUAAACUUGGAUAUUGACGAGUGUCCUGGUAACAUGGGCUUGAAAGAUCAACUAUUUGCAAUCAAAUGGAUAAAAGCGAAUAUAGCUGCGUUUGGGGGUGAUGUAAACAAUAUCACUAUUUUCGGUGAAAGUGCAGGAUCGGCGUCGGUUCAUUAUCACACGAUGUCACCACAAUCCACAGGUUUAUUCCAAAAGGCAAUCAUGCAAAGUGGAUGUGCUUUUAAUCCGUGGGCGUUAAAUGAAAACCACAGAGUCUCAGCCUUUAAAUUGGCCAAUAAUUUAGGGUGUCUAAGUAGUGAUCCAAACGAAAUAGUAAGAUACUUAAGAAACGUAUCAGCUAUUGAUUUAGUGAAAGAAACUAAAUUCAAGGACGACAAUGGUUUUCUGGAUUACAAGUUCGUCCCAUCUAUUGAAAGUGAUAUGGUCAGUAAUCGAUUUUUAUCGGCUCAUCCUGAAACUUUAGCCACCAUUGCAUCUCCAGUACCCGUAAUCGUUGGACUUAACAAUAUGGAAGGAAUCAUAGCAUUAAGUGAGUACAGGUUAAGUAAAUUUUCUGAUCUUCAAAUAACAGAUGAAAUCUCAAAACUAUUUAACAAUCAGUACAGCACUGAAGUCAUAAGUAAAAUAAAAGAUUUUUAUUUCAAUAAAUGUAAUAAUAAUUGUGAAACAGCAAAGUUGGAAAAUAUAUGUCACUUGCACAGUGAUGUAUUUUUCGUCAAAGACUUUAAUCGUGGCCUUGAUUAUUUUCUGAAACAAAACGUCACGCCGGUUUACAUAUACGAAUUUAAAUUCGAUGGAGAACUUAAUGCUAUAAAAAACUGGAUAUUUGCUACGAGAACAGUUCUUCGACAUGCUUUAAAAGGUGCAUGCCACGCGGACGAAAUUUAUUAUUUGUUCCAUAAUAAUCUGUCUGGAGUCGUACCAAAACCCAACUCUCCAGAACUCGAAAUGUGUAAAACGAUGAGUAAGAUGUGGUCUAACUUCGCAAAAACAGGUGAUCCCAAUUCGCUGAAUUUAAGUUUCAAAUGGAAUUAUGCAAGUGCAAGUGAUAUUAAUUAUCUGUCAAUAGAUGGAGACAGAACACAAAUGACCCAAGGGAUGAUAAACAACAAUAGAUCACGUUUUUGGAAAGACUUAAUAAAAGAAUUCAUUGUUUAAUUAAAACCCUCAAUCGUAUUAUUCGUAUUUAAUUAUUGUUAUAUAAUAUAUAAACCCACAUAACAUUGAUUGAAAACAAUUUUUUUAGACCUUUUGAAGUUUACA